AUGGUACUGAUAACAUUGCCAAUCAUAAAGUUAAGUUUCUUGGGGAUACAGCAACUUUCUCGUCCUGUUAUCAAAUUGAUACGUUUGGAGGCAAAACAAAGCAAAACCUUUCGAAAUUACAUUUGUGUGCCAGCUGCUCAAUGUUAUCACUGGUGCGAAGUUAGGCUAAAGAUGUUGCUAUUAAAUUUAGGCAGACCGGCUAAGGUCGAGCCACUUAACGAGGCAAUGGCCGUUGAAUUGGGCACUGAGGUAUUAGGCGAGUUGAUAGUAUUUUUUGUAGCUGCCACCGGUGUAAUUAUUGAGACACGAAGACAAGCGAAUAAAAGGAAUCUUGUAGCGAAGAGUAUAAAUGUGCAUCACAAAGAAAUAAUAGAAGCGUUGAAAGUAUUAGAGUAUCGACAGGAGCGACAAAAAGUCUAUCUACAAGAGCUUACCCGAGUUUUAACAGAAUUAGGUGAGAUUAUAUCGAUGGUCCCUUGCAAUCACCACACAACUCAAAAUUCAAAAAUAAAACCUUACUAA